CCGGUGCCGGAAUGUCUCUACAUUUUGGAAUGCUGCUGUAUUUCCCUUGAACCACAUAGCUAGAUAACAUUUUUACAAAUUAAUCUGUGUGUCUUUGUGGUUCAGUGGACUCGCUGUUACUUUAUUGAAGACAAACAUGGAUAUUCCUACAGCUCCUGAGGACCAAGAGCUGAAAAAUGUCAUUGACAAACUGGCCCAGUUUGUGGCUCGAAAUGGCCCGGAGUUUGAGAAGAUGACAAUGGAGAAACAGAAGGACAAUUCCAAAUUCUCUUUUCUGUUUGGAGGGGACUUCUUCGCCUAUUACCGGUGCAAGCUUGCAAUGGAACAACACCAGCAUCCUACUACCCACGAGUAUGAGGAGUAUAAGUUGGAAGAUCUUUAUAAUCCACCUGGUACGGAAGUCCUAGACGUCCCUCCACCAAUCGCCAUCCUGGCCCCGCCCCCCGUCGCCCCUGCCACGCCAUCUCUAGAUGAGCUCAUCCAGCAGAGCCAAUGGAACCUGCAGCAGCAAGAACAGCAGCUGCUCACUCUCAGACAGGAGCAAGUGACUGCAGCCAUAGCUCUGGCCAUGGAGCAGCAGACCCAGAAGCUGCUGGCAGAGACUCAGCAGGACGUAUCUGAAUUUGACAACCUGCUGCAGCCCAUCAUUGACACCUGCACUAAAGACGCCAUCUCGGCUGGUAAGAACUGGAUGUUCAACAACGCCAAGGGCCCACUGCACUGUGAGCUGAUGUGCUCACACCUCCGGAACCGCAUCACAGCCGACACAGCUCACUUCGAACUCCGCCUACACCUCAUCUAUCUCACCAAUGAUGUCCUCCAUCACUGUCAGAGGAAGCAGCAGAGGGACCUGCUAGCAGCGCUGCAGAAGGUGGUGGUGCCCAUCUACUGCACCAGCUUCUUAGCUGUAGAGGAGGACAAGCAGCAGAAGAUCACACGUGUCAGUGGGCUGCCUGUUCAAUGUAAUGUAGACAUUGCUCAAUAUAGAUGUUACCUGUGGUUGAAUGACACCCUCUAUUUUCUGUUUUUCUCACAGCUUCUACAACUCUGGGAAAAGAAUGGCUACUUCGACGAGGUGACGAUCCAGCAGUUACAGAGUCCAGCUGUGGGCCUGGGCCAGUAUCAGGCCUCUCUGAUCACAGAGUACGCUGCGGUGGUGCAGCCCAUUCAGUUGGCCUUCCAGCAGCAGAUCCAGACCCUGAAGAUGCAGCAUGAGGAGUUUGUGGCCAACCUGGCGGUUCAGCAGCAGCAGACUGCAGCAGCAGUGAGCCAGCUAGCUGCAGCAGAGCCUGACAUUAAGGCAGUCACCACUCAGCCUGGAGAGGUGAAGUCGUCCAUGUCUGGCCCUCCUGGUGAUUAUGACGGCGCCCAGUCCAGAUCGGACCCCGGUGCCAACAACAGUGGCCACGCUGAUAACUCCUCCUCUAAACCCUGGUUCGACCCACAACACAUGUCUGGAGGCUGGAACCCCAAUCAGCCACCUCCGUUCGACCCCACCCAGGCACCCCCGCCGUGCCCCCCCUGGAACAGCCACGAGGGCAUCUGGAACGAGCAGAGGGGGGACCCCAGCUGGAGCGGAGGCCCUCCAAGGGGGGAGGGGGGUCCCUGGAGCGGAGGGGGAGGACAGAAUGAGCCACCUCCCAACUGGAGCGGUCAGUAUGACCAGCCCCCCUGGAGCAACCAGGGACCUGACCAGCCCCCCUGGGGACAGAGAGAGCCCCCCUUUCCCCGCAUGCAGAGGCCCCCCCACUUCAGAGGGCCCUUCACGCCCCACCAGCCAGGGCCCCCUCCCUUUAACCAGCCGCCCCCGCCUCCCCACAACUUCGGCCGUUUCCCGCCGCGCUACAUGCAGGAUGACUUUCCACCCAGGCACCAUUUUGAAAGGCCGCCCUACCCUCCACACCGCUUUGACUACCCACAGGGAGACUUCCCUGGAGACCAAGACAUGGGCCCUCCGCACCACCACCCUAGCCAGAGGAUCCCUCCUCCGGGUAUGGGGGGAGGAGAGCACCCUCCCUGGGGGGGUAACCAGCACCCAGACUUCGGCCCCCCAUCCCACGGCUUCAAUGGCCAGUCCCCCCACAUGAGACAGCGUCAGGCCCCGGCUCACGCCAACCAGGAUGACCCCAGCCUGGUCCCCAACGUUCCCUACUUCGACCUGCCCGCCGGACUCAUGGCCCCUCUAGUCAAACUGGAAGACCAUGACUACAAAGCACUGGAUCCUAAAGACAUCCGUCUGCCUCCCCCAAUGCCCCCCAGUGAACGCCUGCUAGCUGCUGUGGAGGCCUUCUACAGCCCCCCCUCCCACGACGGACCCAGGAACAGUGAGGGCUGGGAACAGAACGGCCUGUAUGAGUUCUUCAGAGCCAAGAUGAGAGCCAGGAGGCGAAAGGGCCAGGAGAAACACAACAGUGCACACGGUAGUCGUUCACACAGCCGUUCUCGUAGUCAGGGUCGCUCCUCGUCUGAAUCCAGCUCAAGAUCCUCCAAGUCCUCCCGCUCCUCCUCCCGAUCUCGCUCCUACUCCCGAUCUCGCUCCAGGAGCAGGAGCCGAUCCAGGUCGUCCCGCAGUCGCUCUCGUUCUAGGUCUCGCUCCAGAUCUCGCUCUCCUGACAAGAGACGGCAAGAGAGGCCUGCCCCCGCCCCCACCUCUGCCCACGCCUCUGCCCCCGCUCCCCAGAAGUCCCGUAGCCCCUCUCCUCCAGCUACGUCUGGUCUGGGCGCAGCCCCCUCGGUCCUGCCUCCAGACAGCAGGCUGGGAGAGGAGAACAAGGGCCAUCAGCUGCUCAUGAAAAUGGGCUGGAGUGGUUCUGGGGGGCUUGGGGCAAAGGAGCAGGGCAUCCAGGACCCCAUCAAGGGGGGAGAACUCCGGGACAAGUGGGACCAGUAUAAAGGAGUGGGGGUGUCUCUGGAUGACCCUUAUGAGAACUACCGCAGGAACAAGAGCUACAACUUUGUAGCUCGCAUGAAAGCAAGGGAGGAAGUGAAUCGGGAACCACAAGAGCCCCCUCCCGCUGAAUAAUGUGCACCGUAAAGCAAGCAAACCUAACCUAGACCACACCUCUUCAGUCAGUUUUUUGUACAGAAUGUUCUUAUAGUAUGUUUCAAUCUAUUUGGAAAAAUCCUCACAUACCAGGUUUUGAAUGUUGCUUUUUUGUGAUACUCAUUCAUGUAUUUUCUUCUCAUGUUCCAGUUUUUGAUGACUUGGAAAUGGAUAUAAAUAGUAUUGUGUUGCUCUUUUGUAAGAAAAAUAAAAUACGUUUAUGGAAUUCACCCACUGAUGCCAUGUCAACUGUAAAUGUGAAUCAAAAUUACCUUCUAACCACAUGCUGUAAAGAUUUGUUUGAAUGAAUGCGCUCAGUUUGUCUCCGCUUGAACUUAAAUGUACACUGUAAAUAACAUAAGAGAAAAGAAUUGUCCCUUCAGGAUCAAGCAUCAAAGAUGGUCCAUUUAAUAUCAAGGUAAAAAAAAAAAUACAUGAUACCAGUUCUUAAACUUUUUAUUGAACAGCAUUACAAAUGUUUACAUGUCCUCAUUGAUCUGAAUAUAAAAAUGGUACAUUCUAUUGAACAUGACACUCAGUAAAUUAUCUUGUCAUAAGGAUGUCCUGAUCUGUAGGUCGGUCUCACAUGCCCCAACUAAUAAAUUUUUUUUAUUACAAAAAUUA